UGUACAAGUAAAGUCGGCUAUAGUAGAUUUCAAAGCCGGAUUAAUACAAAUUUAAUAGGUGUUGCUAUACUAGGAGCUUAGAUAGGUUCAUUAUCAGUGCCAUUUUAAUUGCUGUUUUUUAGUGAUCAGUAAACCCUAAAUGGUAGAGCUUCCGUGGCACAAAGAACUUGUUAUAUUUGACUGUAAAUUUAGAUAUCGCUGCGUAGAAAAGCAUCGCUGAUCAUGCUGCUUACACUCGCCCUGCUGGGCGUGGUCUUGGCGUUGGCCUACAAUUUCUACCAAAACACCUACACCUAUUGGGCCCGCAAGGGGGUGCCACAUGAGACUCCCCUCCCCCUAAUUGGAAACAUGAAGGGAGUCGGAAUGAAGUACCAUUUCCGCGACAUCAACCAAAGGAUUUACGACAAGUUCAAGGGAAAAGCUCCCUUCGCCGGAAUGUUUAUGUUCUUCAAGCGCACAGCUAUGAUCAUGGAUCUGGAUCUUAUCAAGCAGGUGCUGAUCAAAGACUUCCAUUACUUCCAAGACCGUGGCAUCUUUAACAAUACCCGAGACGAUCCCCUGACUGGUCACCUCCUUACUCUGGAGGGCGAAGAGUGGAAGUCAAUGCGGCAGAAGCUGACACCAGUGUUCACUUCCGGCAAGAUCAAGCAGAUGUCCGGAGUGGUCGUGGAGGUGGGUCACCACUUGAUCGAUGCCAUGGAUAAGUCCGUGAAGGCGGCUUCCGUGGACGAUGGCGACGUGGAGAUCAAGGAACUCUGCGCACGUUUUACAACGGAUGUGAUUGGAUCCUGCGCCUUUGGUCUGGAGUGCUAUAGCCUUCAGGAUCCCAAUGCCGAGUUCCGAAACAAAGGUCGCAUGAUCUUCGAGAAGCCCCGCCACUCCAUGUUGGUCCAGUCGUUCAUCUUCACCAAUGCCAAGUUGGCCAGAAAGUUAAGGAUGAAGGUUUUGCCAGAUGAGCUCACCGAGUUCUUUAUGGGCGCUGUGAAGAGCACCGUCGAGUAUCGCCUCAAGAAUGACGUUAAGCGCAACGAUUUCAUCGAUCAGUUGAUAGAACUUCGAGCGGAGGACGAGGAAGCAGCCAGGAAGGGCAAGGGUAUUGAUCUCUCCAAGGGAUUGACCCUGGAGCAAAUGGCUGCUCAGUCCUUUGUAUUCUUUAUUGCCGGUUUCGAGACCUCCUCCAGUACUAUGGGCUUCUGUCUGUACGAACUGGCUCUCCAGCCAGAGAUCCAGCAGCGGGUGAGGGAGGAGAUUGAAAGUGUACUCAGCAACGUGGAAGGAGGAGAGAUCACGUACGAUGCCUUGGCUGAAAUGACCUACCUGGAGCAGGUGGUGGCGGAAACCCUGCGUAAGCAUCCCAUUAUUGCCCAACUUCUGCGUGAAACCAAUCAGAGCUACCAGGUUCCCAACACUGAUGUUGUCAUAGAGAAGGGAACUACUGUGCUGAUUCCCGUGCACAACAUCCAUCACGAUGCGGAUAUAUAUCCUGAUCCAGAAAAGUUCGAUCCUAGUCGCUUUGAGUCGGAGCAAAUCAAAACCCGCCAUCCAUUCGCCUACCUGCCUUUUGGUGAUGGUCCCAGGAAUUGCAUUGGCUUAAGGUUUGGAAAAAUGCAGGCCAAGAUCGGCAUUGUCUCCCUGCUGCGACACUUUAAGUUUGGCAUCUCGAAGAAAACCGAGAUUCCCCUGGAACUGGACCCUCGCAGUCCCACUCUAUCUUCUAAGCAUGGCAUUCACCUGAAAGUGGAAAGAAUCUGAGUGGUGGAUUUAUUUCUUAAAAGUCGAUUUUAUCUACAAUAUUUUUUAUAUAUUGUAUCUUAUAUAUAUGUUCUCUAUUUUUUUUUUAGCUACACCAUUUCAUUUUGUUCAAUAAGAGUGAAAAGUACAUACAUUUAUGUAUUUAACAUACUACUUUUUAAUGCCAAAUGUCCAAAGUUUGUUUAACAAAAUCUUUUAAAAUUUAAUAAAAGCCAUAUUUAUAUACUACUAAUUUUAUAGAUAUUUUUGACAUAUUAUUUAUUGAUCUUGAAAGAAAGUAAUAUUAUUUGUACUUUGUGUUCUUAACUAUAUGUAAAUAAAAUAUUGAAACAUG